CGGGGGGAUGUGUCUCACCUCAGCCAGUGUCUCACCUCAGCCAUUGAAGAGCAGUCCUCACAGACGUCCUGCAGACCAGUCACACAGGAGUGCCAAGAAGGCGGAUUUCACUUAGAAGGAAGAAAAGUCUCUAGCGGCAUUGAACCGUCGGCUCAGAGUCAUCAGUGUUGAGUUUGGGUCUAGAACCCAAAUCACUGCUGCGUCCUCCCGAUGGCUGCUCCGACCUGCACCCGGUUCACCGACGAGCACCAGCUGUACGAAGAGCUUGGGAAGGGGGCCUUCUCAGUGGUCAGGCGCUGCAUGAAGAUCUCCAGCGGGCAGGAGUACGCCGCAAAGAUCAUCAACACCAAGAAGCUGUCUGCCAGGGAUCACCAGAAGCUUGAGAGAGAGGCCCGGAUCUGCCGCCUUCUGAAACACGCCAACAUCGUAAGACUCCACGACAGCAUAUCAGAGGAGGGCUUCCACUACCUGAUCUUUGAUUUAGUUACCGGAGGUGAGCUGUUUGAAGACAUCGUUGCUAGGGAGUACUACAGCGAAGCAGAUGCCAGCCACUGCAUCCAGCAGAUCCUGGAGGCCGUGCUGCACUGCCACCAGAUGGGCGUGGUCCACCGAGACCUUAAGCCGGAGAACCUGCUCCUGGCCAGCAAGCUGAAGGGAGCGGCGGUGAAGCUGGCCGACUUCGGCCUGGCCAUCGAGGUGCAGAGCGAGCAGCAGGCCUGGUUCGGGUUUGCUGGCACACCCGGGUAUCUUUCCCCAGAGGUGCUGAGGAAAGAUCCAUACGGGAAACCAGUGGACAUGUGGGCCUGCGGGGUGAUCCUGUACAUUCUGCUGGUUGGCUACCCCCCCUUCUGGGAUGAGGAUCAGCACAGACUCUACCAGCAGAUCAAGGCUGGAGCGUAUGAUUUCCCCUCUCCUGAGUGGGACACGGUGACCCCGGAGGCGAAGGAUCUGAUCAACAAGCUGCUGACCAUCAACCCGGGGAAGCGCGUCUGCGCCACGGACGCACUCAAACACCCCUGGAUCUGUCAACGCUCCACGGUGGCCUCCAUGAUGCACCGACAGGAGACCGUCGAAUGUCUGAAGAAGUUCAACGCCCGGAGAAAACUGAAGGGUGCCAUCCUGACCACCAUGUUGGCCACACGGAGCUUCCCAGCUACCAAGACCCUCCUGAACAAGAAGGCAGAGGGUGUCAAGGAGCCCCUAACCACCGUCAUCCAGCAGCCAGCUGACGGAGUCAAGGAGUCCAGUGAGAGCAGCAACACCACCCUGGAAGAUGAGGAUGUGAAAGCUCGUAAGCAGGAGAUCAUCAAAGCCACGGAGCAGCUGAUCGAGGCCAUUAACAACGGAGACUUUGAGGCGUACACAAAGAUCUGCGACCCGGGUCUGACUUCCUUUGAGCCGGAGGCCCUCGGGAACCUGGUGGAGGGAACCGACUUCCACCGCUUCUACUUUGAAAACGCUCUGUCCAAGGCCAGGAGCCCGGUCCACACCAUCCUGCUGAACCCCCACGUCCACCUGAUGGGGGAGGACGCCGCCUGCAUCGCCUACGUCCGUCUCACGCAGCACCUGGACCGGGGGGGCGUGCCGCGCACGGCGCAGGCCGAGGAGACGCGUGUCUGGCAGCGGCGCGACGGCCAGUGGCACAACAUCCACUUCCACCGCUCCGGGGCGCCCACCCUGCCCGCCCAGUGAGUGGAGCAGGCGGUCGUCUCCACCUUCUAGCUGCCCUUUGGCCCGCCCCCCGGCUUGGCCCCACCUCCCACCUUGCCCCCAGCCCUGAGUGUUGUUGCCAUGGCGCUGGGCGGGUCUGUGUAGGAGCCUUGUAGGCGCUAGCAGGUUAUCUUUUUGUGGGGCUUGGUCUCAUCCCAGGACGUUAGGAAGAGUUUCAGCAACUUGUUUUUUCAUGAAGUUUAGACGGUUUUCAAAUAGGCAGGGGAUAUCAAUAUGUUGGAGGUGUUUUAAACUUGAUUUAGAUAGUUUUUUGUGACAUUAUUAUAUAUUACCAAGUAAGAACUCAUUGCUACACAUGUUCUUGCUGUGGGUUUGCCUUUUCACCAUAAAGACCAAUAUAAGGUUUACCUUAAGGUUCAAAUAUCUAGUUUACUACGAGUUGAGGAAGUUUGUUACACUUUGUUGUUGUAGUGAUUAGUCUCUGGCUCGCCAUGUGGGGAUUAGAUCUUUAAAGACGUAGCUCUGGAUUCUACUAUUAAUGUCUGCAAGGUCAUGGAAAUAUCUGGAUCGAGAUCUUUUGAUGAUUAGAAGAUAUGAAACAUUAUUGAUACGUUCUUAUGUUCGAAGGCCAUCAGUCGAGUGGUGGAUCUUUGAAAAUAGCCAAUCAUAUUUCCAUAAGAAGCCAAGUGUGUGAAUUGAGUUUUUGUUGACUUUUAUAUCGUGAUUUAAGUGCAGUAGAAUGUCUAAAGGCCAAACCUGUGUGUGUGUGUGUGAUGCGUGCGUGCGUCCCUCGUUACUUUGUAUGAUCCAGUUAAUUUCGAGUAGGAAUUAAAUUUUAGGGUUAGUUUAGUGUCUGGACGGCGACCUUCGACCCCACGGUGACCUUCAACCCCACGCCCCUUCCCGUGGACGGUGACCUUCGACCCCACGUCCCUUCCCGUGGACGGUGACCUUCGACCCCACGUCCCUUCCAGUGGAUGGUGACCUUCGACCCCAUGCCCUACAUGUGUAUUGUUGGACUGAUCGAUGUUUAAGACGUAUUCAAUAAAAAGUGUGAUUUAUGCUGGAAGUCUUCUUUCUGG